AAGAGAGAGCUGUUAGAUUGCUGUUACUUCUGCACUUCUAUCGCUUUUGACUUUUAGGUUUCUGCGAUGUCUGGCCGCGGGAAGCAGGGCGGGAAGGCGCGCGCCAAGGCCAAGUCGCGCUCGUCGCGGGCCGGGCUGCAGUUCCCCGUGGGCCGCGUGCACCGGCUGCUGCGCAAGGGCAACUACGCGGAGCGGGUGGGCGCCGGCGCCCCGGUGUACCUGGCGGCCGUGCUGGAGUACCUGACGGCCGAGAUCCUGGAGCUGGCGGGCAACGCGGCCCGCGACAACAAGAAGACGCGCAUC